AUGCCAGAAUACGAUCCUCCAAUGUUGACGCAUGUUUAUGCAUGUGUUGAUGUUUACGCUCAGACCUCCUCCUCUAGCGCCCAGCUUCUUCCUGCUCGCUUUCCCACUACCUCUCUUCAAGCCACAAAUCGUACCCGUUCAACGGUUCUACACUGGUUCCUUCUGUUCAGGAUGCUGACUAUUUCGUUGAUUUCUAUAAACUACCCGCAGCCGGUAAAACGCCGUGCUCUGUACCAUCUAAUCAUGUGUCCUCAAUCAGCCACAUUUUCAACCAGAUCUGAUUUUUCAGCCAAUAUACCUUUUUAG